AUGGCUCGAGCUUUUCUGCACAAGCUUGGAUCACAGAAGCAGCAAGCUGAGAAGCAGCGUGAGGUGCAGCCUUUACUUCCUUUAUUAGAUUCAGCAAAAUCACAUCCGAAAGUGCCUGAGACGCCUCCUCGUUUAAAAAUAUGUUCCAUUAUAGACAAAAUCUCAUUAAUCAAAGACUGCUGGAGACGUUCCCUCACAACAGAGGAAAAAAAUGUUGAACAUUUCAAGAACAAGAUCCUUGCACUAGUCAUGAAAACUACCACCACUUCCUCCACCGCCGCCGCAACAAUCACUUCCACGCUUCCCGCCCCUUAUAAGCGUAAGCAGAUCAACCUCGACGGCGUCUACAUGGAGGAGAAGGAGAAGAAGCAAGCAAACUAA